CUUAAAGUUCUUUCAUUCGCUUACAAUAAGCUCAAUGGAUCAUUGCCCGGUGAUGGGUUCUGUGGAUUAUUGAACCUCCAGGAGCUAGAUCUUCAAGAAAACAUGUUUAAUGGAAAUAUACCCGAAUGUUUCAACACGUUGUCAUCUCUUAAGAUGUUUGACAUUUCUUCAAAUCUUUUUACCGGAACACUUUCGCCAUCUCUAAUGGCUAAUCUCACUUCUCUCCAAUAUGUUGAUUUUAGUUAUAACAAGUUUGAAGGUCCAUUCUCAUUCAGUUCAUUCUCCAAUCAUACAAAGCUCAAGGUAGUAAAAUUUAUAAGCGACAAUGAUAUUUCGAGAUUGAAACAGAAGAGCCUACAGGUUGGAUUCCAAUGUUCCAGUUAAAAGUUCUUGUGCUAUCUAACUGCAAUAUAAACAGGGCAAAGGGAAAUGUUUUUCCUAGUUUUCUAGUUAAGCAGCAUAAGUUACAAGUACUGGACAUGUCUCACAACUCCAUGAAGGGACAACUUCCGAAUUGGGUGAUUAAACAUAACCCAAUGCUGGAAGUACUUAUUCUAAGGAACAACUUAUUUUACGGUACUAUCAUGUUGUUUCGUACAAAUCAUAACAUAAGGUUGUUCGAUUUAUCUGGAAAUCUAUUGACAGGUGUUAUUCCCAAAUUUAUACAAAGGUUCCUUCCAGGUAUAUCUCAUCUGGAUUUGUCCAGUAAUUCAUUAGAUGGUGUUAUUCCAUCUUCAAUUGGUGAUAUGAGUGAAUUAAAUGUACUGGAUUUAUCUAAUAAUAAGUUGUGUGGAGAAGUACCAAGUGGAUUGAUAGCAAACAAUUCUCGGUUGUUAUAUACAGUAAAACUGUCAAAUAAUAAACUUCAUGGUGAGGUGCUUUCUGGAAACUUUAGCUUGGAUGGCAUUUGGAAUCUUCACUUAGAUAACAACAAUUUCACAGGCAAUAUUGGAAAUUUGGCAAUCACGGGUUCUUUAGGUCUUUUGGAUAUUAGCAAUAACUUUUUUACAGGUUUGAUACCAAGUUGGAUAAGCAAUGUGAGCAUCAUUUCUGAACUUGUGUUGAGGAAUAAUAGCUUGGAAGGCCCAUUUCCUUGCGGAACAACUUCAUUCACGUUUCUCGACAUCUCAGAAAAUUUAUUGUCCGGGCCCAUCCCAUCUUGCUUAAAUACGCGACGUCUAGAGCAUCUUCAUUUAGGUUCCAAUAGCUUUACAGGACCGAUACCCGAUUCUUUUCGUAAUUUGACUAAAGUUUUAACUUUAGACUUAAGCAACAAUUACUUGUCUGGUGAGAUUCCUAGUUUUUUUGGUAAAUUGUCCAAUCUAAUAAUUCUUCUUUUACGAGAAAACAACCUCAUGGGUUCUAUUCCAAAACAGUUGUGCCAAUUAACUAAUGUUAGUUUGCUUGACUUAUCCAACAACUCCCUUUCUGGUUCAAUACCUAGUUGCCUCCAUAAUAUUACUGGUCCAAGUUACCAAGCUUUCGUGCAAGAAAGUACUGCAUUAAGUCACGCGCCUUCAUUUUACAGUUAGAGGUUUUAUAACUAAAAUGCAAGACACGGAUGACAAUCAAUUCUACAGCCAACAAGACGAGGUUUAAUUUACAACAAAAAACCUUCAUCUCACCUAUAAGGGUGUCAUUCUUGAUAUUAUGUCGGGAUUGGAUCUAUCAUGUAACAAACUAACAGGUGAAAUCCCUGAGGAGCUAGGAUUGUUGACCCAGAUUCGUGUUCUGAAUCUAUCUCACAAUGUGCUGACAGGGCCUAUACCAGUGAAGUUAUCAAAUCUCACAAACAUAGAGAGCUUAGACCUUUCUUCUAACCAUUUGACUGGAAAAGUUCCACCAGAACUAACUAAGUUGAAUUCUUUAUCUUCUUUCAACGUUUCUUUCAACAAUCUAUCAGGUAAACUCCCAGAAAUAAAUGACUGCACAGUUUAGUACAUUUACCAAGGAAAGCUAUGAAGGGACCAAACUUCUUUGUGGUCUACCAUUAGAGAACAAAUGCACCACUGAACCAGAAAUGACCCAUCCAUCCAAUAAUGAAGAAGGAACUCAUGAGAAAUGGUAUAAUGUGGAUAUGGUGUCCUGUGGAAGUUGUGGUUCCACAUGGCUCGUGUUCAUGUCGGGAUUUGCAGCACUACUUUACAUCAAUCCGUACUGGCGUAGAAAGUGGCUAGACUUGGUUGAAGAAAUUAUGUUUGCAUGUUAUUACUUCCUUCUUGAUUCAGUGAGGAGGCCUUUUGUGCUCUUACGUAACUAUGACUUAUAAUAUGUGCAAACU